GUAAGAUGAAGCCGACGUGCGAACAGAGCUCGCGAUCGCUCAACCUGGGUUGAUAGCGCAACUUUUCUGCUGCCCUCGGACACCAUCAAAGUGGACACUCGGACCGCAUGCCAAUGACACUCUCAACGUUCCUCAAGGAGAGAAAUGCGUCCUAUCUGGAUGCCGUGAAGAGUGGAAAGGCUAAAGAUUGGACUGUUGUUGUAGGGAACGAGGCUGGCGAUCUAGACUCCAUCGCGAGCGCGAUUGCCUUCGCCUGGUAUGCAUCGAAGGUGCAAGGUGCCCCCGCGGUGUCUUUGACACAGACCCCUCGUUCCGACCUGCAUCUCCGCGCCGAGAACCUGCACGCGUUUGGGCUUGCGCAGCUCAGCCCCGACACCGAUAUCCUCUGUAUCGACGACGUCCCCUACGAUUCAUCUGGCCCCUUCCCGUCGGCGAACUUCGCGCUGGUUGACCACAACCGUUUGAAUUCCCGCUUUACGCGGGGAAACCCUGACGCACGCGUAGUCGCCGUCGUGGACCACCACCAGGAUGAAGGACUCUACCGCGAAACCGCAGACCCGCGGCUCAUCGUCGUCCCCACCGGCAGUUGCGCCUCCCUUGUCACGCAGCUGUUCGACCAGCAGGCCGCGGCAGACGACAUCCCGCCGGAAUUGGCGACGCUCCUCCUUUGCAGCAUACUCAUUGAUACUGGCGGACUUAGACCGGGUGGGAAGGCAGAAGCUGCCGAUCACCGCGCAGCGAGUCUGCUCAUCCCGCGAGCGCAGGCGGCGGUGUUCAACCAACAGGCUUUGGUAGCAUCGCCAUUGGAGGGUUCAGAACGAGACGCCCAAGCGCAGUCCGGCGUACAAAUCAACGAGGCCGCUCCUCACGAGACCCCAGGACUCAAAGAGCUGCAUACUACCCUACAGGAGAAGAAGGCGUCUGUCGCGCAUCUGCGCACCCACGACCUUCUGCGACGCGACUACAAAGAGUACUCGAUGAGCCCGGCAGGCGCGCCGUCGACCGAGAUCCAGGUCGGGCUUUCGUCUGUCCCGAUCGGCUUCGCGGAGUGGCUGCCGCGCCACGGAGACGACUUCUUUAGGGAGACGGAGCGGUACAUGGCGGAGCGCGGGCUCAAGGUUCUCGGUAUCCUCACUUCGUUCCGCGACGAGGAACACCCGGGGAAGGACGGUAGAGGGAAGCAUCGGCGAGAGCAAAUGUAUGUCGUGCGAGGGGACAAGGCGCUUGCUGAUGCACUGUUCGAUGCGCUGGCGGAGAGUGAGGAGCUGAAGCUGAAGCGGGUCAAAUUCCCCGAGUACGGCGUGCACAACGGGUUCAGAGACGAGUUCCGCUCCCGGGUGUGGCAACAGAAGAAUGUGGAUGCGACACGCAAGGCGACGGCACCACUCGUCAAGAGCAUCAUCGAAGGGAGGAACAGGGGCGCCAGCCUCUAGUUCUCAUCAGUACAUACCGUGAGAGUCCCGAGCGGUAGCGAUUGGUUCUGUGCUUGAUAUGUCUGUUACUCACCAAGGAUACCAU